UGUAAUUAUUACUCCUAGAUGUCAUUUGUCAGAGUGAACCGUUAUAGUCCCCGGGGAGGUGGAAGAAAAACACUGAAAGUAAAGAAGAAGAAAACUGCAGUGAAGCAAGAAUGGGAUAAUACUGUGAAUGAUCUGACAGUUCACCGGGCAACUCCUGAAGAUCUGGUACGUCGUCAUGAAAUCCACAAAUCAAAGAAUAGAGCAUUAGUACACUGGGAAUUGCAAGAAAAAGCUCUGAAGAGAAAAUGGAGGAAACAGAAACCAGAAGCUUUGAAUCUUGAAAAAAGAAGACUAGCUAUCAUGAAGGAGAUUCUUUCUGAUCAAUACCAAAUGCAGGAUGUGUUGGAGAAAUCUGAUCAUUUGAUGGCUGCAGCAAAAGAUCUGUUUGUUGAUGUUCCUCGUAGACGUACAGGGUUUCCAAAUAUAACAAUGGCUCCUGAUUCUUCACAGAGUCCCAUAGUGGUAAAUGAAGACCCUGUCACCCAGGCUCUUUUAAAUGAAUGUGCCAUAGAACCUCAGGCUCUUAAUGAAGUAGAUGAUGAAGAAGAAGAAGGAACUGUUAUUAGCCAAUCAGGAGAAAGCGAGAAUGAGUUGGAUAACUCUCUAAACUCUCAGGCUAACAUGGAAACAGACAGGUUUCUCCAUCAACUAAAGGAAGAGAAUUCUGAGUUAAUUAGUAAACUGUGGACUGACAUUCAGGAGAAAAUAGCAACACAGUCACAAACAACCCCUCCAGGAACUCCAUCAUCUGCUCUUCCAUCUGAACAACAAAGAGCUGCUCUGAAUGCUACUGAUGUUGUCAAGAGAAUCCAAACCAGGCUGCAACCUGGAGAACGUUCUGAAUCUCUAGACUCAAGUUAUGUUGUGGGACAAGUGCUGAACUCAAGGAAGCAAAGACAGCUAUUAAAUAAAGUGAAAAGAAAACCAGAUUUGCGUGCUCCUUCCAAGCAGAAGAAAAGCACAUCCUCUGCAGACUUACCAAGUAGCAAUAAUUGCAGCCUGGAUGUCCUCAAACUCAUGAUACAUGAAGUGGAACAUGAAAUGGAAGAAUAUGAGCGGUGGACGGGACGGGAGGUUAAAAAACUACAGAACAGUCAGGGUCUUACAGGCUUCACCUUGUCACUGGUGAGCUCCCUUUGCCGCCUGGUUCGGUAUCUUAAAGAGAGUGAGCUCCAGCUACGUAAAGAAGUAGAAACAAGGCAGCAGUUGGAACAAGUAUUAGGUGAUCAUCGGGAGCUCAUUGAUGCUCUGACAGCUGAAAUUCUUCUUCUCAGAGAAGAGAAUAUUACUACACAGGCAAGACUUCAGCAGUAUAUGGUCACAACAGAUGAGCAACUUAUAUCACUCACACAUUCCAUUAAGAACUGUCCUGUGAUAAAUAACAGCAGACAAGAAAAUCAGACAUUAGAAAGGGGAGCUAUAGGUGGAAGAAUUAUGGGCAGUCCAGAAGGUCCAAUUGUAAAUGCUAAUGUCUCCGUGCCAUUGAUGUUCAGAGGGGAAGAAGUGGUUGAAUUCCAACAGGAAGAAGUGCCUGUUAAACUGUCUCAGGCGCCAAGCCCCCCAGAUGGUGUGAAUCUAGCUAGCAGUUUUCCAGCACAUAUUUUUGAGCCAGCUGUAUUGUUAACACCACCUAGACAGAAAAGCAACUCAGAAUUCUCUCCUGUGCAGGACGUAUUGAGGAGGACUGUCCAAACUCGUCCUGCACCACGGGUUCCUCCAACAGUGGAAAUAACUGAAAAGGAACAAAAUUGGAAAAAGAAGACCUUACCUAUUGAUACAGAUGGCCAAAAUUCAAGCGAAGAGAGUCAUCUCUUCACUCAGAGGUGGAGAGUCUCUCACAUGGGAGAAGAUUCGGAGAACAAAAAUCAGGCUCCAUUUGUUAACUUCUCACAGCCUCUCUGCAAUUCCCGUUCCAGCACUCAGCAAUCAAGAAACCCCAUGUUCUCAGAAGAGCCACCAGUACUGGGAGAUGGGCAACAGCUUAGAACAAAUGAGGCAUUAAUACAAAGAAAGGACAUAAUGGCACGAAUUGCUGAGUUGACACUACAAAAUUCAGCAAUCAAGUCACAUUUGAAUAAUAUUAUUGGGCCUGGGGGAGAGCAAGGGGAUGGACUCCGGGAACUGAAUAAACAAGAAAGCACAGGUGGCAUCACUGCUACUUUUCCAGUAGCACAAUCUCUACCACCAAGUAGUAUGGAGGAAAGGAUUGCAGAAUUGAAUCGGCAGAGUAUGGAGGCUCGUGGAAAACUACUGCAGUUGAUAGAGCAGCAGAAACUUGUUGGUUUGAAUCCUUCUCCACCAUUGUCACCUGUCAGAGCAUGGACUGAAGGAGGAAAGAGGACCAUUGAGGUAUCUAUUCCAGCUGCAGAAGCCCCAGAGAGCUCAAAAUGCAGUACUGUCUCUCCUGUCAGUGGAAUAAAUACAAGAAGAUCUUCAGGAGCUACUAGUAAUUCUUUAUCUCCAUUAAAUGCUACCUCAGGAAGUGGGCCAUUCACACCUCUGAAUCCAAGAGCAAAGAUUGAGAAAGAAAAUGAAGAAGGCUGGUUUGCUCUUUCUACUCAUGUAUCAUAAGUGAAGUUGAGUUUUAUGGAGUUUGUUCUUAAUAAUUUAUUCUUAGCUUUCCACUGUCUGUGCUCCUGCUUUUAAGUUUUUACAUCCUUCUUUCAGAUAAAACUUACAAAGAACAUGUGAAUUAGAACUAAUGGAAAAGAGAAAAAAAGAAAUUCUUUUAGUUUUUGACGUUUUCAAA